CUGAAUUGCAGAUUGCUGAAGCCGUUGCUCUUGUAGAUACCCUUCAGAACUGGACGGUUUUAGAUAAAAUAAUUAUUCCUACAAAAAAUCCUGACAAGAAAUUCGUUUUUGGCAAAGGAAACUUCCAGGUUUUAACAGAAAAGAUUAAAAAAUUGCCCCAAGUGACAGCUGUCUUCUUGAAUGUGGAAAGAAUAUCUUCACUAACAAAGAAAGAACUAGAAGAUGCCUGGGGUGUGAAAGUCUUUGACAGAUACACGGUUGUACUUCACAUUUUUCGUUGUAAUGCCCUGACCAAAGAAGCAAAACUUCAGAUAGCACUGGCUGAAAUUCCACUUCUCAGGUCAAAUCUGAAAAAUGAGGUGUCUCAGCUAGAUCAGCAGAGAGGUGGAUCAAGAUAUGUCAUGGGCUCAGGUGAAACAUUUAUGGAGACACAAAAUCGUAUCUUGAAAGAAAAAGAACUUAAAAUUAGGAAUGCCCUGGAGAAACUAAGGAGGAAAAGGUCUUUACUUAGAACUCAACGCAAAAAACGCGAGUUUCCAAUUAUCUCAGUAAUGGGCUAUACUAAUUGUGGAAAAACUACUUUGAUCAAAGCUUUGACUGGGGAAGCAGGAAUUCAACCCAGAGAUCAGCUGUUUGCCACUCUUGAUAUUACAGCCCAUGCUGGCUAUCUACCCUCACAUAUGGCAGUUAUUUAUGUUGACACCAUUGGAUUUCUGACUGAUCUUCCACACAAUCUGGUUGAGUCCUUUUCAGCUACCUUAGAAGAAGUGGUUUACUCAGAUCUUAUAGUUCAUGUGAGGGAUAUUACCCAUCCAGAAACCAUCCUCCAGAAAGCAACCGUUCUGUCAGUUCUGAAGAAUCUUAAUCUUCCCAGCCAUUUAUUGGACUCAAUGGUAGAAGUUCAUAACAAAGUGGAUUUGAUAGAAAGGUAUAAACCCACUGAAGAAAAUGCAUUAGCCAUUUCUGCUCUACAUGGACAUGGUUUAGAAGAGCUGAAAGAAGAAAUAGAGAAAAAAAUUUUGACAGCAACAGGGAAGAAGAUUCUGACAGUUGACAUCAAUUUAGAGGGACCCCAGCUAAGUUGGCUCUAUAAGGAAGCAACAGUUCAGGAAGUAGAAGUGAUGCCUGAAGAUGGCACAGCCAAGGUGAAGGUGAUAAUCGGCAAUUCUGCUUUUGGCAAAUACAAAAACCUCUUUCCCAACAGUAAGAUCUAUAUGCCAUGAAACUGCAUCCCAUUUUCUAGGAAAAGAAACUGAUCUCAUUAAGAAGAUGUGAAAUUACGUCAAUUACCUGUUAGUCUGGGUGUUGAAGAGUGUAUUCCUUCUCCAGUUGAUAUUUUUGAUGCAUUUUAGAAAUGGACACUGUUUCAGAAAACUUCUGUUUGGAAACAGUGAGAACUUUGAGCUUCAUUCU